GAACUGCGCCCCAUACUCGCGCCGCGAGGUUCCCGGGCAUCGCAGCUGCCAGUCAGGGGGAGGAGGCGGUUGGGGACUCCUCCUCCUCCCGACCAAUAGGUCCGGGAGCCCCAGUCCUGUUGCAAUCCUGUAAAGUGUGAAGCUGUCAGCCGCAGAGCCCGGAGGAGGAAGGAGAGAAUGAAACAGCUCCUCUUGCCCGGUGUGCGAGCAACCCCGGCUGGCCGUGCGCGCGAGGGAAGCUGUUGAGAAGCCCGGCAGCGGCCGGAGGAAUACAGGUCUCCUGCCAGGGUCCGAGGAGACUGAAGAAGGCAGAAGAUAGGCUGAUGGGCUCAGUUGGUAGACUCCCCUAUCUCACCAUGACUGCCGAAAAUCCCACGUCUGGAGACUUGGCUCUGGCUCCACUUGUCACUUGCAAACUCUGCCUGUGUGAACAGUCUCUGGACAAGAUGACCACACUCCAGGAAUGCCGGUGCAUGUUUUGCACAGCCUGCCUGAAACAGUACAUGCAGCUGGCAAUCCGAGAAGGAUGUGGGUCUCCCAUCACUUGCCCAGACAUGGUGUGCCUAAACCAUGGGACCCUGCAGGAAGCUGAGAUUGCCUGUUUGGUACCUGUGGAUCAGUUUCAGCUCUAUCAGCGGUUAAAAUUUGAACGAGAGGUUCACCUGGACCCCUAUCGAACAUGGUGUCCUGUCGCAGACUGUCACACAGUGUGUCCUGUUGCAUCGCGUGACCCAGGACAGCCUGUGCUGGUGGAAUGCCCUUCUUGCCACCUGAAAUUCUGCUCAUGUUGCAAGGAUGCUUGGCACGCAGAGGUCUCCUGUAGAGAUAAUCAGCCUAUUGCCCUGCCAGCAGAGAACAGGGCUCUCUUUGGGACAGAUGCAGAAGCCCCCAUUAAGCAAUGCCCAGUUUGCCGGGUUUACAUUGAACGCAACGAAGGCUGUGCUCAAAUGAUGUGUAAGAACUGCAAGCACACAUUUUGCUGGUACUGUCUCCAGAACCUGGAUAAUGACAUUUUUCUCAGACAUUAUGACAAAGGGCCAUGCAGGAAUAAACUCGGCCACUCGAGAGCAUCAGUGAUGUGGAACCGAACACAGGUGGUGGGGAUUCUUGUAGGCUUGGGAAUCAUUGCCUUGGUGACUUCACCCUUGUUACUCCUGGCCUCCCCAUGUAUAAUCUGUUGUGUCUGCAAGUCUUGUCGGGGCAAGAAGAAAAAGCACGACCCAUCUACUACCUAAAGGUCUCUGUGUUCAUGCGCCACAGAUGUCCUGAGACAGCACAGUGAUAAAGCCCCGCUUAGUGAUCUUGCCUCCUUCUCCUUGCCAAACUUUGGAAGUGCCUCUGUGUCCAGACUUUGAACCUGCCUGCCAGCCUUCUGUGUCAGAAAAGGCUAAGUCUGGAUUCUCUGCGGUCCAGGCUGUGUCUAUGGAGCAUGUCGGGAGCUUCGGGGUUGCUUGGGAGGAAAUAACACAUCAUUUUAUCAUCCAAAGGAUCCCACUGGACUUUCAACUUCCAGCCAAAGUCAAAGAACCUGGGUGAACAUUUGAUAUAAUAAACAUGUUGUCAUGGUUGGCAACAUACAAGAUAACUGAGAAGCUAGAGUCUGUUCUGUGUUGAUUUGACCACCGUGAGAGACUUGAGGGAAACCCAACAUAGAAAGGGAAGGAUAGGACUGCAAAAGGAGAAAUUCUCAGAGCUGUAAAGCAGGCUGCCUAUCGUAAAGAGUCAAUAUGGUGGUUGUGCCUCUGCCGGCUACUGGGUGUGCUGUUCCCAGUGUUCCCACCAUGACUUGGCAGAAGCACAAUAGGUUUCUCCUUGUGUGAUCUCAGCUUUAAGCAGGAGAAACUGCUCUGCAGAGGGAGUUGUCCCUUCCCAGUAAAAGGGUUGCAGCUUGUUAAACAAUAUGGUCUAAUUUAGUGCCUCUCCCUUGGCAAAUGUAACUUUUCUAAGGCGUUCAACCCAUCUCGUAAAGCUGGUAGCUGUGGUCUACGAAAUUGUUUCAUAUAAAAUAUGGGUACAGUGGUAGAGGGUCAAAACCUUUGUCAUAGGUAACAGGGAACAUUCUUGGGCUCUGUGUUCACACACCCAACAGGUUUGAAAUUGGACCUAAGAGUACAGGUCUAGAGUUAAUAUUAAAGUCUGUAGGUACAUCUAAAAUCCAGAUGACUUGCAGCCUACCUAGAAUUUCUAUCCAUUGGGCAUGCAUGGGUAUACCCAAUAGUAUAUGCAAAAUAAAGAUUUACAUAAAAGCCUUCUGUGACUAAAAUGGUUUGUUAUACAUCACCCUGAAGAUGUUUUGCAUAUUAUAUAUGUGAAUUUUGGUUGUAAGUUCAUAACUUACCCAGGGGUAUAGACUCAUAACUCUUUUAAAAUAAUACUUAGAAUGAUAUCAUGCCAUCUCUGUUUGUAAAAACACUGAUUGAUAAUCAAGUUACUUACAUGUUUUCAAACACAAUUCAGAGCAGCUCUCUUCUCAGUAUAAUUUAUUAUUCUCUUUCUGCAUCUGUUAAGACGAUUCGAAUACUCUCUAUGUAUAUAAGGCAUUGAUAAAACAACAAUAAUAUGUGAGAAAUAAAAUGGAAAUGCUUUAUAGAUACUAAAUAUUUUGGUUUUAUGUCACCUCAUUGUGACACAUACUGUUAGUCCGAUUUGAAUAAACAGGUUUUGGAAAAACAAACCUUUUUCUCCAGUAACAGAAUAGUAUAAUUGCCAUUAGCAAUGCAGCCUGGUGCUUCAUGAGACCUACACUAGAUGUUACUGGAGAGUUCUUGAAGCCAGGGAUGCCACAUCAGGAACGGUUCAGGGCCUAUGAUAUUUUCUGAGGUAACUGGGUAACUAGAUGAUUAAUUGCUGCUAUCCCGGAUGACGCUUUGCCUAUGUAAUGGGAUAUAUGCUAAGUGGAGAUGUGUGUAUUUAAGGAACUUCAGUUUACAUGUGUAUAUCAAUGUCUGACAUAUGUGUAAUACAUCUGUUGGUCAUGUACAUUUUUACUUAACAGUUUGUAUAGAACAAUAGGUCAGAACUCUGGGAAUACUUUUGAAUGGCAACGAACCAAGAUAAUUUUUAAUCAUUUAUUAGAUAUUUCUUAAUAUUAAGUGUCUUUGUUUCCCUUUGAAACUCUAAAUGCUUCGGAAAAAAAAACAAACUCCUCUGUAUCAGUGUAUUUCAUGUUAGUAUAAACAUAAAUGUAGAUACAUUUGAGUAGUUAAUUUGCGUUGUCUCACACAUAGCCUACUGCCUCAUUGCAGGGAAAGGGCAUCUAUAACUGCUCAGGGGAUCACAGGAACUGAACUGAAAUUGGAUUUUUGUAACAAGAAUGUGACAGUGGCAAUGUACUACUCCAUUAGUAAACUCUCUAAAUUUGGUUCCAUAAAGAAUCAACAGGAGCUGUUUCAAGUAAUCUAAAAUGCUGUGUUAUCAAAAGAAGAGCUGCCAGAAUUGGAGUAAAGGUGAAAGAAAAUACCUAUGCAAUUUCCUUGGCCUUUGUGAAGGAAUUUGCCUUUUUGCAGAGAUAUUAUAACAGAAUUAGCUACUUUCUUGGGAGGUGGCAGGGCUAGCUAGGGAGUGGGGGGUUGUUUGUGAAACUGAGUUUAAAUAACUGGAUUUACUUUUUUUUUAAAUAUUGAAAAGUGCCUGAAAAAUGGUAACUUUUUCCUUAAAUAGCUAAAUGUGUGUGAGAUUGUCAAAAACAACAGGAACAGGUUGAUAGAUUCAACAUAUCUCUUGUGCAUCAGAGGGCACAAAGAAUGCAGAUCCAGAGGCUUUGUUUACAAAAGCGAGGGCUGACAACUUUGAUAACAGAGGUUGAUAUUUUUAGUUUAGAUACAUGACCAGUGAAAGAAUUAACCUUAUCUCCUUUCUUGGUCAGCUAGUUUAUCUUUUCCUAGUAAUUCUCUUUCUGUAUUAAAAGGAAAUUGGGUCUGCAUAAAAGAUGUUUGGAUGUGGCAGCAAAAAAUCUUUUUAUGUUUGGUAUAGUACUGCACAGUGCAUUUGAAACAGAAAUCAAAAGUCCUCCAACAGAUUGUAAUCUGGAUGUGAUAACCCACUAUCCAGAUAUCCCAUGGGAUAUAUUGGUACAACACCUACCCAUUGUCCCUUUCUAGGAAAUUUUCUCUUGUUACUAGGUGAAGAAGAAGAAAGCCAUAUGGAAGGAAAUGUUAGAAUCUUAGGCCUCCUGUUUGUUCAUGCCAUGGGUAUUUGGUUUGGACUUAAAAUCUGUACUUUGAAAGAGACCUUGGAAAAACCAAUAAUUCCGUGUGAAUUUUCUUAUAGCCUGCAUUAUGAAAAUCUUAUCUUUUCAGGUUUGCAAAUUUACAUGUUUGUUUGAAUGUAAAUCACAGUUUCUAGGAGCCUCGAGUUUUUUAUUAAAAAUUAUUUGGAAUCUAAAGAUGUGUUACUUUAGCCUUCCCUACACACUGCUUCUAAAAGACUUUUCUUUCUGUUCAUAAAUGGAUGCCUUUAUGUGUAUAGUAUCAUGUCUGCGUGUGUAGCUUUAAGGACAAUUUCAGAAAUGCCUUAGAGAAAUGACAUUUUAUAAAGCGGUCACAACUGAUAUCCAUAGGCUAUUAGAUGUCACGUUGACGCAUGAUCCAGGAAAUUUUGUUCUGUAUUUAAGAAAGUGCUGUUAUAUUUUUCUAAUUCUUUGGAAGGAAAAUAGCUGUUUUAGUCUCUAGCCCCAAUAAAUGUGAGCAGAAAAUCAAGUGUGUUAACCUUUGUUGUGCCGCACAAUUCUAGGACACAUUGAAUUUUAUCCUCCAAGAACUGACUAAUCACUAGUAAAUCCCACGUUCAGAAUUUGAAAAACGUAUGGAAAUAAUUCUUGCUACUUUCUUAAAGGGGGCAAGUGUAUUGUCUUUAUUUGUGGCAGACUUUCUCAUGGUAUGUGUGAUAUUCCACGCAGCCAAUGCACAGUAAUUGAUCAUUAUCCGGAGAAAUAAUAAAUCAUACGGGUGUUUGAUUAUUCUAAUAUAAAUUGCUGCCAGGUGUCAAAGCUUUCAGUUCUGCAGAAUGGAGGUUGGACUAAAGGCCUUGUGUUUGCUUUUUACUGUUUUUUAAGAAAGGAUUUGCAUUACAGUGUUAAGGUCAUUUCCAUUCAAUUAGUAUUCAAGGCAGGGCUCCCUAAAGUUGAGUGCUAGGAGUAAGUUGGCAACUAGCACUGUGUUUCUGGAAAACUGAAAGCUCUAUACUGUUGAUGCCUUUUUAUUGACUUGUUAUGUGCUUCUGAAAUGAUACCUGAGUACAAAGGUUUACAAGUGAGUUAUUCAAAUUUUGUUGCCUAACCAUUCAGUUUCAAAGAAAUAAGAUCAUUUUAAAACAUU